AUGGCGGUAGCAAUGACAGAGCUGCCCACUCAUCCCGAGCAAUUCGACGCCGAGCCUGAAAAUCAGACGGACAAGGUCGAGCAGAGGCGGCGGUUAAGAGACUUUCUCAAUUUUCGGAAAUGGUCCAAGUCGGAGGAAACGCCGUGUCCGGAUCCCAAACAGCAUACACCACCUCAAACGCCUGCGAGACCAGGAGUUGGGCGACGCUUUUCCCGUAAAGGCUUUGUGGGCUUGCCGCGCUCAACAACCUUCAAAAGGCAGGAGGAAGAACAGCGAAAAAAUCUGAUGCCCGUCCAACCGACCAUUAAGGAACGCCGUGAUGUUUCAAAGGUCCGUCAGAGAGCUCUGAGUGCGGUUCCUGAUCCGCCACGUCAGGCAAGAAGGGAGCGAUCAGUGCCCCCAGACCUUCGCGAUGCCUUCGCAUCGAUUGACGAACGCCUUGGUCUAAACACAUCAAUUCAACUCUCACAACAACCGGGGGAGCAGGUCCCUCCUCCACCACCACCACCACCACCACCUCCGCCGCAGUCUCCACCUGACUUCCAGGAAGACGAAGCCCCCAUGUCAGAAGUAUCCUACGACGACGCGGUCGACGAAGAACUCGCCGAGGAGCUGAAGAAGAAAUGGAUCCUCAACCUGAGCAUGCAUUUCCGGGAUAAAACACCACGAGAGAAAUUCUUCAUCACAUACGCCGAAACACCUGAUCGAUGGAGACGAGUGACGGUUUCGUGCGACUAUCGAGACGCGCCGCCGGAUUCUCUCGAGGCAGAUCUCCAGAGUCUCCAUUACCAGAAGGACAAGAGUGCCCGGGUCUACGAGUCGAUACGUAUGUCACUGCCAGAUAUCCAAUUCUACGAAACUGUCACAAACCUCAAGCUUGAAACGAAGGAUGAAAGGCUACAUGUACAUGUCACCGAAGAUGUUAACGAAAUCAUCCCGUAUCCGGCCGUACAUCUGGUGAAGCAUCUCUCAUGCCGUCAAUACAGAGAAAGCGAGCUGCAUUUCGAUGAACACAUGUCCGGUUUCGUCUACAGAGUCAACGUGGGCGAGCAUACAUGGAUCAAGAAAGAGAUACCGGGUCCAGACAGUGUGGACGAGUUCUUGUACGAGGUCAAUGCUCUGAGCGAGCUUGUGGAUGCGAAGAAUGUCAUACAGCUCAAAGGACUGGUGGUCAAUGAGGACAAGAGCCUGAUCAAGGGGCUGUUACUUAGCUAUGCCGACCGAGGUGCCCUCAUUGACAUUCUCUACGAUAGCAAGGAAGGCCACAUCCCUCGCAUCCCAUGGGAAAGGCGAGAAUUAUGGGCAAAGCAGAUUGUUCAGGGACUCUCCAACAUCCACGAAGCUGGCUUCGUGCAGGGAGAUUUCACACUUUCGAACAUCGUAAUCGACGAGAACGAUGAAGCUCAGAUAAUCGACAUCAACCGUCGAGGAUGUCCCGUGGGCUGGGAGUCUCCGGAGAUGGUACCACUUGUGGAGAGCGGACAAAGGCUGUCAAUGUACAUUGGGGUGAAGUCCGAUCUCUAUCAGCUGGGCAUGGUGCUGUGGGCCUUGGCAAUGGAAAAAGAUGAGCCGGAGCGACAGCCCCGACCUUUGACCCUGGACGAUGCCGAACCUAAUGUCCCCAAUCACUUCCGAGAUCUGGCAUUAACAUGUCUCGCGGCGAAAUCAAAGCAGAGGCUGGCAGCCAGGGACCUUCUUGCUCUUUUCGACGCUCCGGGGAUGGUCGAAGAGUACUUGCCAGUUUCGUCAAAGGAAACUCAUGCGCUGGUCCCAAACUCUGAACACUGGGACGGCUCGUCCACCGUACAAGCUGAGGGUGCCGACAUCAUAGGGGAGAGUUUCCGAGAAAGGCAGAGUCGAUAUCAACAGGAGGACCGGGAACUAACAUCUAGCGCAUCACGGUUGGAACGCUCCUCCAGAAAUCGCUCCCGAGAUCAAGAGAUCGACGAGAGCAAAAUCUUCCGUGGUAGACGGUACUCUCCUGCUCGGAUUGACCGUGCCGGUAUUCCCCUCGAUGGAUCGCCCUCCCUGAGCAUCAGUCACACACCUCUUCAGCCUUUGAAGAGGAGCCUACGCCAACCCUCGUAUGCAUCCGACAACAUAUCUCCUGGCCAAAGCGAAAGUGGUGAAGCACAAAUCAUCCCCAUCUCCCCAACGGGCGAUCGCGAGUGGGAAGAGAUCAACAUGGACGGUACACCUUACCUAGUCCAUCGCGACACGCUUGACGAUUUCGACGACGAGAUCGACUUUGCGAAUUUAGAUAACGCUCGAAGGGGGAAAAAUGUGGAGAGGUGGAGACGCGAUAUUGAGCAUGUGGAUUCGGGACUUGCGGAUAUGGAUUUGACGGACACGGGGCCUAGGGAGCGGGCUCGCAUGGAGUUGGCCGGGGUGGGUGGGCAUGAGAGUCUGACUAUUGACAAGCCGGGAAUAGGGGGAGGAAAGCACGGGGACAUGACACACGACCUCGGAAUAGAGUAUAACGACCCCAGAGUUGAGCAAUCAGCAACACCAAGCGAAGGACGAAACGGCCCAGGGUAG